AUGCUGUGGCAGCUGCUUUGCCUGGUGCCUUUCGCUGCGGCGAUUCCAAAUCCAGCACUUGCUCCCCGUGCAAGUGGCCUCCAAGGCCAAUUUUGCGAGCUCGGCGGACAGGAUGCUGGGGGUAACGCUGGCAAAACACCCACUUGCAAGAACUGCAAGACGGUCAACGGGAUCCUAGCCCCGAAGGCCACUGCCACCGUAAAGCCUGGCGAUACGGUCACCGGCGAUCCGGACCUCAACAGCAUCUUUGGGAAAAGAGCCCCUGAGAAAAGAGCCCCUGAAGCGGUGCCACUGCUCACAACCGCCGACAUCGAAACGGUUGCAGGGCAGCCCGAUCAGGUCUCGCUGUUUGACUUGCUACUGACGAUGGCCCCGGACAACUCUGAUAACGACAUCGAUAUUACCCCAACUGACCAACAAGUGCAAAGCUGGGUUAUUGAUGGGACGCCCGUCGGUGCCACGGGAAUGUGGUACGACUUUGGAAAGACUCCUCAGGUUUGGAAAAUGAGGGGAUUGUCGGGCUGCACCGGUAUCAUUAUCAUGUCAUCUAAGGGCUUCUGGGCGGGCCACCUCUGGGAAUCUACCAAGGAGGACAAGAUCAAUGGUCCCAGUUCAUUCCUAAAGCGUGUCAGCAAGGAUGAAGUCGUCGAACGCUCAUUAGACGAGUUCAAGAAGAUUGCAGUCGAUGUUAUGACAGAGGCCACUCCGGCAAAUCAGAUUGCUAACCGGCAACACUGGACCAGCUUGGAAGAUCUCAAGACUCGGAAAGGCAACCCUUUCGCAGAUGGCGAUGAUGUAAACGUCUUCAUCUUGACCAGAGCGCAGAGUGCUACCAACAAGGCUCAGCGUUACACGCAGCAGAUCAAUGCUCUAGGCAGAGCAAUCAAAGCGGCAGUGAACCCAGGCAGAGGCAAAUUCGCCGCUCUGACAUACCCCGGAGCUGGCGACACUGGAAGGAUGAAGUACCCCGGGACGAAUGGAAAAAUUGUUGUCCAGUACACGCCAUUCGACGGCGUCAACCCCGACGACAACUGUAAGGCGAUGGCUGCGGCUCAAGUGUGGGUUAACCCUGAGACCCAGAAGAACCCGGUCAUCAAGAAGACUUGGGAAGCCACCAGCAACCAACAGGUAGCGAAGAGAAGCACAUGUAACGUAUCCCCGCCUAAACAGCCAAAGCCUUCUUGUACCAUGCAGGACGAGGAUCCCGACCAGGGUAUCAACACGAGGUACUGUGUUUGCGACAAGAGCAGGACUCUGCCAUUCCUCACCAUUUCGCCGACUGUUGUUGUGACUAAGAGUUGCGACUACACAACCCUGCCCCCGAAGGACACCAAGCGGGACGAAAUCCUUCCGCUACCAAGCAUAACCACGGCGCCGGCCAUCACCGGGCGGGACGACGCCCUUCCUCUACCAACCACGACCGCAGUGCCGACGAUCACCCCGAGCCCUUCGCUAGAAGACCGCGACUUGACCAUCUCGACCGGUUUCGGCCCGCCCACGACCGACAUGAAGCACUGCCAAGUCUGCAAGAAGGUCGUAAACAACGAAGACUCGUGCUCUAGCAUCAAGAACUGCGUAGUCCAGACCGGCGCCGUGACGCUCGAGGCCGGCUCGUCGUCGGUGCACGUCGGCACCGUGACCGGCACGGCCCUGUACACGGGCGUGUCGAAGGCGCUCGAGAAGAUCUGCCCCACACCCACCUCGAACAGCUUCGCGGCGUGCAAGACGGACUCGGCGAGCAUCGGCAAGGUUCCCUACGUCGAGGCCGGCUUCCUCGUCGACGACGGCGAGAUCGUCGUCAGCGUCGAGAGCAGCAAGUACAACACGACGGCGAUCCGGGACGCGAUGAUCAAGACGGCGGCGGCGGCGGCGCAGAACGCCGCCAAGGGCAAGAACUGCUACACGGCGCACUACGACGUCGAGCAGUUGAAGGUGCGGCGCUGGUGGGACCCCCUCGCCCUCUUCGCCCGCGACCACCCGUACCCGCAGCCGGAGUCGGCCACUUGGUGUAAUUCGGUCGGCUUCGCCGGCGUGCACUACUACAACCCCUGGUGGAAGCUGCAGGCGCAGCCCGGCGCGACGGACUACAUGGACGUCCACUAUGAAUUCCACAAGGGGGCCGAGGGCGACUUCGACUGCGAGAUCCUGCAGGCGGCUGUCGACGCCUUCGCGUUCGUGCAGCCUGAGUUCGCCGUAGGAGAUAUUGGCUUGGGUGAGGCGAUCCACAUCCUGUGCGAUUGCGCUUCGGGCGAACAGUGCGGUCUAAGGCGGCGCGAGUUGGAUAACUCUACUUUGAUUGCCAUGUAG